CACACUUCAAGAGAGCUUGCAAACACAUAUCCUGACUUCUCUACUUGCCACUCGUCCCUUCUCUCCUUUUAACGGUACCUCUAAUGACAAAUUCUAUAAAUUCCUUGUUGCAAAUCAUAUGAAUGAACCACGCAAGCCCAAAAUGGUUUCAAGGAGCUCGGACAGCAGGGAACUAGAGAAGGACGGUGCCCAGCGUGCAUUUAUUAGGAACCAAGUCUUUUAGUCCCACUUACUCCUCAGUUCAUUUCUCUGCUUCACCAAAUGUGGCAAAGGCAGUUUGUGCCUGUUUGGGGCUAGGAAAAAGGAGUGUCCCCCAAAACAAGUUUUGGCAGCUCUAAGGGACUAUUCUCUUCACUCUCCAGCUGCCUGAGGUCAACUAAUCACUAGUGGUUGUCUCCAACCUGUCCUAGUCCCUGAUUUGGGAAAUGAACAGACGAGCUCUGGUGCCCUGCAACCAGCUGCCCUGAGAUCCAGGAAUCCUAAGAGGGCUGGACAAAAUGGAAGCACAGCUUCUGGCCUGACUCAGCAGAAAAUUUGUUACUGGAGCCCAAGGGUGCAGGAACAUCUGGCUAGGGGGGUGGGAGGCGGCGACAAACAAACCAGGUUCUGCCAUUCACCGCUAACAAAAUCUAAAGGCUGAGAGACCAGGGGUGGUGAAACAAGAAAGGAAUUUAUUUCAGUGAAGCCAGUACCAGGAAUACCAUGGGCUAAUGGCCUAAGAACUGUCUCCAAGGUGCUGAGAAUAUGUCUAAGUUUAUAUAGGGAAAUCACAACAAAGAUUGGUGGGUACUCUGCAGCAGAGCAGCAAAAGGUCAGGUUGAUUAUUGUCUUGGGGUCAGUCACGCAGUGUCUUGCUGGUGUGAGGGCAGCCCUUAUUGCUAGAGGGGGUAGUUUCGGUUCCCAUCACUGGAUGUUUUGCCCACUGGGUCCCUUGGUGUGAGUUAACAGGUAAAGCUGGAGGGGGAAAAAACAAGAACAGAUUUGAAGGCAAAAUGAAGUCAGGACUAUGUCCUCCUCCGAUCUCAUUGGAAAAGUCCUUUAAUUAUUGAGACACUAUCAAGCUCACAGUGGCAGAUGUAAAGUUUUCCGAAAUGCUUGAAAGCUCCAAUUUUAUCACUGGCAAUAAAUACUGUCAGUUGUUUUCCUUGAGGAAACAGACUCACUUUGUUCAUUUUUGAGAAAAUGACUGCUGAAAACCCAAGUCGGAGAAAGCACAGUUCAUCAGUUGUUCUUGCGCUUAAAAAUGGUAGUCCCUGACAAAACAGCUGGUUUAGCUCGCAACUCAAUUACACAAGUGCUUUCCUUUCCUUCACUCUGCAGGAGCAGAGCUGUUUGUGUGUACUUCUCAUUUUCUCGCAGAGAACAUCAAAAAGACCUCUACUUGAGGCCUUGUUGAGAUUUAACGAAAGUCGUCCUUCCUGCUGCUUGCUUUAUUAAGGACAUUCGGAAAGGCUCCUUGUUUUAACUGCUAGUGUGUGGUGGUGAAGAAUGCCCUGAUAUUAGUGCCUUUUGCAGCCCCUGCCUUGGUUGGUGCUAAUGGUGCAAUUGCUUUUGCACCAUUACUGCAAAUGUCAGCACAGUGAAAAAGACAGGCCAUGUCUUUGUGUUACUCUAAAAAUAGUUCUGACCUCUGAGAGGUUCUUGGGGACUCCCGGAGUCCACUAAUCACACUUCCAGAACCACACAUAAAGAUGCCCUGGGCCUUCCUCCCAGCAUUGUAUGUUUUCUCGCCAGAGGUCAGCAUGCCGGUAUUCGAUGGCUUGUUAUUAAUACAGUCCGGAGUACCUCUUUGUGAGGUGGGCAACACUGGAGCGGCUCCAGGGGGAACUGAGGAGUCUCCGGGGCAGGCAUUCAUUUAAGUUUCCAGUUCCUACAGUGUGCUGCUGGAGCCCGCGAGAUAGGGUAGCCCAGCCGCCCUCCGUCUCUGCCCACCUAAGGUUUGCCCUGCUUACCUUCAGGCACUGCUCAAUGCCUUCCCUGGUCCUCUUAGUAGGACCCGUUUGGGUUUGUACUUCUUGAAGAGUGUUCACUACAUUGAUGGUUUGCAUCCUCGGUGGUUGUUUUUAAAAUGCCAACCCCCAAAUGAGUUACUGUUUACUUUGUAAUCUGUAUGUUGUCCCAAGAAAGGGAAGGGCGUCUUGUAAAUGUUUUCUCAAUGUAAUGAAAUCAAAACCGAAAGCGAGCAAAGUAAAACAAGGGUGCGUUAGUCGCGCAUUUCCUGACUGCACGCAUUGGAAUGAUCAAAAGGAGCGAACGUGGUUUACUGCUGCUGUGGUUGUGUGUCUCGCUCACUGCAGCCUCUUGGGGCCCAAUAUUCAACAAAUACUCAGAUCGGAGCUGGAGUUCUGAGCGGCCGGGUACUGUGUGUUCCCGCGGUGUGUUUGUACAUUGUUAAAACCUGGCAAGAGAGCACUAGCCAGGAGCCUGCAGGCGGGGCUCGACCGCGAGCGAGCGGGCGCGCGGGGUGCGUCGGCGUCCGGGCUCGCUGCCCCCGCCCGGCGCAGCCUCCGGCUCGGGCCGGCGGAGCGCCGUGCCCAUUUAAGGAGGCGGACCGUACCACCAGAACUUUCUUGGCAGGGGGUAUUCGGGCGAACUCGGGCAACUUUCAGGGAGCCCACGGACGAUCUCACUUCUCUUCCGACGCCGGCCCGAGCUCUGGUGCCGCUGGCUGGGAGCUGCGCGCUGGUGGGCUGUGGCCGUGGGCUUCUCGGGUUUCCCUUCUGCGAAAUCGCCCCGAGGGAUCUCACUGGCUCUGCACUCGGUCGCGACGUUCCCCGAGCUGGUCCAAAGUGUAGUUCGCCUGCAGAGGCCCCAGUGCCCGGAUGUCCAUCAGGCUUAGUGCGAGCCAAUACGGCCGGAGCCCGAGGCUGCGCUGAGGACGCCCGGGCUCGGGAGCAGGUAGUCCCGUAACGCCGGGGAGUCGCGCUGGGGAGAGCGUCCCCGCCCGGCCCCAGCAAAUGGUGAGCGCGGCGCUGGCAGAAGGGCCGCGGGUGGAAGGCUCCGAUGGACAGAAGUCCUUGAGCUCUGUAAACUGAAUGAUGGCAGCCCAGUCAAGCUUGUACAAUGAAGACAGAAACCUGCUUCGAAUUAGAGAGAAGGAGAGACGCAACCAGGAAGCUCACCAGGAGAAAGAGGCCUUUCCUGAAAAGAUCCCCCUUUUUGGAGAGCCCUAUAAGACAGAAAAAGGUGACGAGCUAUCCAGUCGAAUACAGAACAUGUUGGGAAACUAUGAAGAAGUAAAGGAGUUCCUUAGCACCAAGUCCCACCCUCAUCACUUGGAUGCUUCUGAAAGUAGGUUGGGAAAGCCAAGAUAUCCUUUAUUUCCUGAGAAGGGGAGCAGCAUUCCACCCCACUCCUUCCACCCUAGUGCCCACCACCAGCCUGUUAACACUCCUGCCUCUGGACCACUUCCUGUUGGUAACAUUAGCCACAAUCCAAAGAUGGCACAGCCAAGAAUGGAACCAAUGUCAAAUACUCAUGUCAAAAGCUAUGGCCCACCAGACAGCCAGCACCCAACCCAAGAUCGCCUCAGUCAGGAGGGCUGCGGCUCCAGUCAUCACAAAAAGGGUGAGCGCAGAGCUGAUGGAGACCGCUGUGCUCUGGUGACAGGCUUGGCUCCAGAGAGGGAGCUCGCUCCCUUACUCUGCUUGCCUUCUCCAGUUCCCCCACUGUCACCUGUACAUUCCAACCAGCAAACUCUUCCCAGGACACAAGGAAGCAGCAAAGUUCACAGCAGUAACAGUAACAGCAAAGGCUAUUGCCCGGCCAAAUCUCCCAAAGAGCUCGUGGUAAAGGCCCACGAUAAAGAGACUGCUCAAGACAGUUUAGUGGCAGUUGCCAGCCUUGGCGUGGCCCCUCCCCAGCCACCUUCUCAGACUUUCCCCCCACCCUCCCUCCCCUCAAAAACUGUUGCAAUGCAGCAGAAGCCCACGGCUUAUGUCCGGCCCAUGGAUGGUCAAGAUCAGGCUCCUAGUGAGUCUCCUGAACUGAAACCACUGCCGGAAGACUACCGGCAACAGACCUUUGAAAAAACAGACUUAAAAGUGCCUGCCAAAGCCAAGCUCACCAAGCUGAAGAUGCCGUCUCAGUCAGCUGAGCAGACCUACUCCAAUGAAGUUCAUUGUGUUGAAGAGAUUCUGAAGGAAAUGACCCACUCAUGGCCGCCUCCUUUGACAGCAAUACACACGCCUAGUACAGCUGAGCCCUCCAAAUUUCCUUUUCCCACAAAGGAUUCUCAACACAUCAGUUCUGCAACCCAAAACCAAAAACAAUAUGAUACAUCUUCAAAAAUCCACACUAAUUCUCAGCAGGGGACAUCCAUGCUUGAAGAUGACCUUCAGCUCAGUGACAGUGAGGACAGUGACAACGAACAAAGCCCAGAGAAGCCUCCUCCUGCAUCUGCACCUCCAAGUGCCCCGCAGUCGCUUCCAGCAGCAGCGGCCUCAGCACAUUCCAGCAGUGCCGAGUCAGAGAGCACCAGUGACUCAGACAGCUCCUCGGACUCGGAGAGCGAGAGCAGCUCAAGUGACAGCGAAGAGAAUGAGCCCCUAGAAACUCCGGCUCCUGAGCCUGAGCCUCCUACAACAAACAAAUGGCAGCUGGACAACUGGCUGACCAAAGUCAGCCAGCCCACAGCACCUCCAGACGCUCAGGGGAACGCAGAGCCCCCGUCUCGGCACCUGGACAGUAAGGGCAAGGGUGGGGGCGACAGCAGCGGCCCCACCGCCAGUCACGGUCAGGAGCGCACGGAAUCCAAAGAUCCUCCCUUCAAAAGCUCCAGCAAAGCCCCUCGGGGCUCCUCUGAAGGCCCUCACACCGGCAAGAGAAGCUGUCAGAAGUCCCCCGCGCCGCAGGAGCCCCUGCAGAGGCAGACCGUUGGAACCAAACAACCCAAGAAGCCUGUCAAGGCCUCAGCCCAGGCGGACCCACGGGCCGGCCUGCAGGUGGAAAGUGAGCCAGGACCCCCUCCUCCGUACGGCUCCAAAGACCAGCCUUCCAAAGACAAGCCCAAGGUGAAGACGAAAGGGAGGCCCCGUGCCGGAGACAGCAGAGAGCCCAAGCCCGCGGUGCCCAGCCCCAGCGAGCGGAAGAAGCACAGGAGCGGGCCGCUGGCCCCCUCAAAGGCACUCUCGGGCCCGGAGCCCACGAAGGACAAUGUGGGGGCCAGGAGCCCCGAGCACUUUGCCCUGGUUCCCCUGACGCAGAGCCAGGGCCCGCCUCAUGGCAGCGGUGGCGGUGGCAGCAGUGGCAGGACUAGUGGCUGCCGGCGCGCUGUGGUCGUCCAGGAGGACCGCAGGAAGGACAAGCUCCCCGGACCUGGGAGAGACCCCAAGCUGCUGUCCCCACUCAGGGACACUCUUCCCCCACCAGUCUUGAUGGUGAAGAUAACCCUGGAUCUUCUUUCUCGGAUACCCCAGCUUCCUGGCAAGGGGGGCCGCCCGAGGAGACCGGAGGACAAGCUGUCCCCCGCAGGGAAGAAGCUGGAGUCGGAGAAGAGAGGUGCAGACAAUUCAAGCAAGUUGGCCAAAAAAAGAAAGGCUGAAGCAGAGAAAGACCAUGAUAGCAAGAAAGCCAGACCGGAGAAAGAAACCAAGUCACAGUCAUCAUCUUCAUCUUCCCACAAAGAAUCUUCUAAAACAAAAACAUCCAGGCCCUCCUCUGAGCCCUCAAAGAAGGAAGCGCUUCCACCCCCAUCUGCGUCGUCAUCCUCUUCCUCCUCCUCCUCCUCCUCCUCCCAGAAGCCAGCCAAGCCUGCACAAAAGAGGCCAAAGCGGGAAGCUGACCCCUGCAGCCAGGACCCUCCCCAAAGUGCCAGUAGUAGCAAGGGCAGCCACAAAGACUCUUCUGCUCCCAAGCACAGAAAAGUAGAGGGAAAGGGAUCUGGAAGCUGUCCGGAGCACAAAGGGUCUUCUGGAGAUACUGCAUAUCCUUUUCUAGUGCCUUCUUUGCCAAAUGGUAACUCUAAACCAGGGAAGCCUCCGGUGAAGCUUGACAGACAACAAGCAGAUUUCCACAUGAAGGAGGCCAAAAAGUUGAAGCAGAAAGCAGAAUUAAUGACGGACAAGGUUGGGAAGGCUUUUAAGUACCUGGAGGCCGCCUUGUCCCUUAUUGAGUGCGGGAUUGCCAUGGAGUCGGAGAGCCCGGCGUGCAAGGCGGCUUACUCGGUGUACUCAGAAAGCGUGGACCUCAUUAAAUUUAUAAUGUCGUUAAAAUCCUUCUCAGACGCCUCAGCUCCACAAGAGAAAAUAUUUGCUGUUUUAUGCAUGCGUUGCCAGUCCAUUUUGAACAUGGCGAUGUUUCGUUGUAAAAAAGAUAUAGCAAUAAAGUAUUCUCGUGCUCUUAACGAACACUUCAGCGGUCUUUUCAAAGUUGCCCAGGCGCCUUCUCCAUGCAUUGCAAGAACCACAGGCACACCGUCCCCUCUCUCUCCAAUGCCUUCUCCUGUCGGGUCCCAGCCAAGUGCUGGCAGCGUAGGGAGCAGCGGAAUGCCUGUCACCAUCCAAAACAUGACAUCUUCAUAUGUCACCAUUACUUCCCAUGUCCUUACCGCCUUUGAUCUUUGGGAGCAGGCUGAAAUCCUUACAAGGAAGAAUAAAGAAUUUUUUGCUCAGCUCAGCACAAGUGUGUGUGCCUUGGCCCUCAACAGCAGUUUGAUGGAUCUGGUGCACUAUACAAGACAGGGUUUUCAGCGGCUAAAACAAGCAACCAAAACACCUUAACGGAGGCCCAAGUUGAUUUGAUGGCUUGGGGACUUUUUUGCACAUUGAAAGCCUCAAAAACAGUUCAGACGUUUGUCUCAUCAAGACACCAAACUUGAGAAGAGAAGCACCAUGAGAUGGCCAGGACAUUUGUCCACUUAAACUUUCAAGAACUUAUGUGAUCGUUGGUUGGACAUAGUGGUUAUGCAGAAGCAGAAAGGAGGAGGCUGGCCUCAGAGAUGAUCUUGCCUUUCCUAACUAAAGGACAGAAGUGCAAUGUAGACUGAGUGGGCGUGUGAGUGGUCUAGAAACAUUUCCGUACUUUUUUUAACCAGCAGGAUGCAAAUGGCAGAUGAAAUGAGGAGAAGCAGUUUCAGCUCUGAGAGCACGUUCCUGUCCCCUCAGUAGCCACCCUUGUCUAGUCGCAGAAGGAAAUUUUCUAAACAAUGAAUUUUGGUGUAGGGUUCUGUGGAUGAUUUUUUUUUCUUUUACGUUUUGGGGGAAGUAUUUGUUUAGGAAAUUCUGACGGUCAUCUAUAAAGCUAAGUUGUGAAGGACUCCACUGUACCCCACUUUCUGCCUGUGAACAGUGGCUUUGAUAAAUACCAAGUGUUGUCACAAUUUAUGAAAUUGAAGGCAACCCCCCCCCGCUCCCCCAUUUCCUGGAGUACCAUGCGUUCACCCCAGUUCUGAUUUGUCUGUCACUGCUGGGAGUCAGCGUAAGUCGGAGCAGUGGAGGGAGGAGCUGCCGCCCACGGGGAAGCCACCUUGAGCUCGCACGCACCAUGGAGGAUGUGGCACUGCGGUCCCUACCCCCUGCUUCAGCGAAAGGCAGUCACCAUUGACUAUAUUCUGAAUUUUCUACCUUGGGGAAGAAGGGAACCAACAUUUAUACCUGACCAGAUGGCUAAAGUGCUUUUUAAUUUUUGUUUAAGUAGAGCUGGAAUUUGAGGUGCUGAUUUGUGGUCUACAGUUAAUGUGGUAACUCAUGUUGUCUAACCAACUCACAAUUUUGUCAGCAAACAAAAAUGAAAUCUACUUCUUAGAGAGGCUAUAUUUUUCUGCUACAGAUUAUUUUAUAUUUAUAGCAAAAGUCGACUUUCUGAGCCCUUGAUUGCCUAGGGUAAAUUAACUCCCUGAGAGGAUGUGGAGAUUUGGGUGGUUAAUUAAUUAGACUUAAAAAAAAAAAAAAUUGUCACCGCAUGCCUUCACUCCAAAAUGUUCUCAAUCAACUAGAUUUGGUUGGAUUGAAGAGGAACUGUGGCCUUCCCAUAUGUUGUUAUUGCCGUAUUAGAGAUACUAAACCAAGCUCAUAGGGAAUGACCUAAAAGGAAAGAACACAAUCAAAAUUCCCACAUAACCACAAGCACAGAUUUUUUUUAAUUGAAACUUUGAAGGUUUUUGGAAGCAUUAUUUUGAGUUCAGUGUUUUUAAAAGCCAAUUCUUGAUACCCCUUUUAGAAGUAGAAUUUGCACAUGUAUUAAAAUUGAGGAGUGAGUGUUAUCACUACCCUUGGUUCAUUUUUCUCUCCCUUCAUCCCAUUCUGCCCCUUUACGUUUUGUUUCCUACCCAGAAUGUCUGUCAUUGUCAUACUACUAGUGCAGAAGGGAAUGCCAUCUUUAUCAUGAAGAGGUCAGAAGUCUGUAUGAGGAACGUAAGAACUCUGUGGUUUGGUCAGUCCGUGAAGGGGUGUGUAGAGGAUGGCAGCGGCGAUGAUUUUCAUGUACGAAUUGUCCGUGUGAAGCCGUUCCUUCAGUGUCUUAUCCAGCCUAUUCUUUUUUAUCGGUAGCUAGUUCAGAGGUUUGGCACCUCAUGUUUAGGUGAAGGCCAGAGAGUUACGUCCAGCAGGAGUAUAUCUGAGCAUGAGAACCGUAGAGAUGAUCUUGAUGGACCGAUUUCAUUCACUGAUGUUCUGAAGCAAAGCCAUUCAACAGAACCUUCCGUUAAUUGAGCAGUAAUUGUCGGGGGGGUUGUGACAUCGUGUCCAUCUCUUAAUAUGUGUGAAACAGGACACCAGAAUCAGGUUUAUGUGAUUAUUUAAUGUCCUUUCCCCCCUUAUUCACUUGGUCUUCUCUGUCCCCUUUACCCCACCAUUCCCCAGUACAAGUCACCUGUCAGUUUGGGAGGCCAUGUCUUCUUCGGACAGGUUCUGAUCUAUGCAGACUGUGUUGGAGUGUGUGUGUGUGUGUGCGUGUGUGUGCACGCGUGCGUGCGCGCCAUCCAUGAUCAACAGCGCUCCUGUGACUGAAGACGUUUCUGAGUCCAUUUCUCAGCCACUUCUAAAA